UGUAAUACAUUUUAUAUUUAGUGAAUAGGGUAUUAAAUUCAAAGAAAUUUAAAGAAAAAAAUCUCAACAUACAUAAAAAAAGUUGAACAAAUCACAAAGUAUUCCUUAUAAAAUUGUAAUAAAAGAAUCAAAAAUGUCGACUAGUGGUGAUUUCGGAAAUCCAUUACGGAAAUUUAAAUUGGUGUUUUUGGGUGAACAAAGUGUAGGCAAAACAUCAUUGAUUACUCGUUUUAUGUACGACAGUUUUGACAAUACAUAUCAAGCGACGAUAGGCAUUGAUUUUUUGUCCAAGACCAUGUACUUAGAAGACCGCACAGUGCGUCUACAAUUGUGGGACACGGCCGGCCAAGAACGUUUUAGAUCAUUGAUUCCCUCGUAUAUUCGAGAUUCAACCGUAGCUGUCGUUGUUUACGACAUAACUAAUGCGAAUUCAUUUCAUCAAACAUCAAAGUGGAUUGAUGAUGUACGAACUGAACGAGGAAGUGAUGUUAUCAUAAUGCUGGUUGGAAAUAAGACAGAUUUGUCUGACAAACGUCAAGUAUCCACAGAGGAAGGUGAACGUAAAGCAAAAGAACUAAAUGUUAUGUUUAUUGAAACCAGUGCUAAGUCCGGAUAUAAUGUAAAGCAAUUGUUCCGAAGAGUUGCAGCCGCUUUACCUGGAAUGGAUUCAACAGAAAAUAAAUCUCCCGAAGACAUGCAAGAGGUUGUUCUAAAAGAUUCCCCAAAUGAAGAAAAAGAUGCGGAAAGUCGUUGUAAUUGCUUGAAUAUGUAAAAAACUGAUAGACAAAUGAUAUAAGAGGAAGAAAUUUACACAACUGUGUUAAUGCCAACACACGUUAAUUUAUUAUUUAAAUGAAUUACACCACAGAAAAAGAAUAAAAGUUUCUUUUAUUAUACAUGUAGAGAUAAGAAUAUUCAGAGCAACUUAAUCUUAAAAUAACACGAAUUAACAUUAUAUUUCAUACAUUUAUAAAUAUACGCAGCAUCUAA